CCAUCCAAGUAUCUCUUUAUUAAAGCGGGGGUGUAAAUCAGCAGUUGUAAAACAUGUAAAACAUGACGGAGGAAGGAGAUGAAAUAUGCGUGCUCCACGUGGCUGUCGAAAAGGGAGGGUGGCCAUAAGAUCAUUAAGUCCGGGCUCUGAAAUUAUAGCUUCAUCAACCACAUGCCAACACUCGGGGCGGUAACUGGGCAACAAAAAAAAAGGAGUGCCAUUAUGGCUUUUCCAAAAGGGAUCCAAGAGGCAGCGCUCUCUUGUUGGGUGUGGCACUUCAAGGCGCCUCCGGAGACACCGAAGCCGGCGCCCAGUAGCCAAUGGGCUGGCUCCCCGGAGAGCGCGGGAAGCCAAUCAGAUCCCGGAGGGGAGCGUCCCUGCGGGAAGGCAAAGCACGUUUAUGAUCUAUCUCCUCGCCUUCGAGCGAGUUUCUCGCUGACAGCGGCGCUGCGCGGACGUCGGAAUUCCCACCAGGAGAUCCGUGGCUGCCGCGGGGAUCGCAGCGGGCAGAGAGAAGGCCGGGAGAGAAUGGCUCCUCCGCUGCAGGAGACCGCGUCGGGAGUGGGGUCGGGAGCGGGAGUUGAGGAGAAGAGGGCCAACGGGGGCGGCGAGGUCCGUUCCCGCCGCUUCUUCACCUGGGAGGAGAUCCAGCAGCGCUCGGGUCGGAUCAAGCCCGAGCGGUGGCUGGUGAUCGACAGGAAAGUCUACGACAUCAGCAGCUUCCACCGGCGGCACCCGGGAGGCUCCAGGGUGAUCAGCCACUAUGCCGGGCAAGACGCCACGGAUGCAUUCACGGCAUUCCACCUUCAUAGGGAUUAUGUAAGCAAGUUCUUGAAUCCCUUGCUGAUAGGAGAAUUGGCACCAGAUCAACCUAGCUCUGAGUCCAGCAAAAAUAAAUUGCUAGUGGAGGAUUUCCGGGAGCUGCGGUCCACUGUUGAGAAGAUGGGACUUCUGAAGCCCAACACUCUUUUCUUCUUCCUGAUGUUCCUUCAAAUCAUAGUGAUGGAUGCUGCUGCCUGGUUUACCAUCUGGUACUUUGGAUCAUCCUUAGUGCCGUUCUUUGUGGGCGUUGCACUGUUUACCACCGCUCAGAAUCAAAUGUCCUGGUUGCAGCAUGACUUGGGACACCUUUCAGUCUUCAGCACAUCCACAUUGAACCACUGGGUUCACAAGAUCUUAAUGGGCACAGUGAAAGGAAUGCCAGCCCAGUGGUGGAAUAACCUGCAUUUCCAGCACCAUGCCAAACCCAACUGUUUCCGUAAAGACCCUGAUCUCAACAUGCACCCCCUGGUGUUUGCUUUGGGGAAGAAGCUGGCUACAGAGCUCGGGUUGCAGAAAAAGAAGUAUAUGCCUUACAACCAUCAGCACAAGUACUUCUGGCUUGUAGCCCCAGCAUUGCUGGUUCCCUUCUUCCAGUGGUCUGUAUUCUACUUCUCAUUCAAGCGCAAAGAAUGGGUGGAUCUAGCCUUGAUCAUUUCAUACAACAUCAGAGUCUGUCUCAUGUACAUACCUCUUAUGGGAUUUAAUUGUUUCAUGGCAUACUACUGGCUCUCCAGGUAUCUAGAGUCCACUUGGUUUACUUGGGUUUCACAAAUGAAUCAUAUCCCAAUGAACAUUGAUUAUGAUAGAAAUAUGGACUGGGUGUCUACCCAGCUCCAGGCAACGUGCAAUGUGGAUCAGUCCCCGUUCAAUGACUGGUUCACUGGCCAUCUGAAUUUCCAGAUUGAGCACCAUCUUUUCCCCACGAUGCCUCGCCACAACUACUGGAAGGUGGCCCCCCUGGUGAAAUCUCUGUGUGCCAAGCAUGGCAUUGACUACCACAGCAAGUCCCUGCUCCAGGCGUUUGCAGACAUUUUGCACUCUCUAAAGGAUUCAGGAGAUGCCUGGCGCGAAGCAUAUCUGUAUGGAUAAGAAGCAGCAGAGACUUGAGAAGGAGGACCAUGAAGAUGCAUCACAGACUAGAGGGCAGCUAAUGUGCUAUGAAGAAUUUGGGGUCUGGUGGGUGAGCUAGACAAACGUUAAAUAAUUAUUUUUGGCAUGGGGUUGGGGGACUCCUGAAACUUUCCUACAUCUAUGCACAGUUGGGGUUUUUUGUGUGUGUGCACAUGUUGUUCUGGUUGCACUGUGGCUUUUCGGGUGACAGGGUCAUGGAAAGGGAAGGUCUGUGCUUCAUGUAGAAGUACAUCUUGCUUUUGGUUGCAUGUAUGAGUUCGAAACCUGACUGUCGUCUUCCGUAUGGUUGGUGAGGGAUGCUUUCAGAAGAGGUGUGUUUAAAGCAAAAAGGCAGAGCUGCAGUGGGGAACUACAAUGCAGGUGUAAUAUUACUUGUGAAAGCCACAUGUUAGGGCUUAUCUACACUUACUUUUCCUCUGGUCUUUCCAUGCACAGUCCACACUUUAAAGCUCUGUGUUCGAAUGCCCUUUCCCUUUGGAGCUUUCCCCACAAAAACCUGCUCUUUAAAGCGUAGUCGGAGCAAAUGCAAUCCGUUGGAAAUCUGAAUUACUGUUUGUGCUGACUGAGUGUUAAAGAAUGGAUUUUCAAGGAAAACUCUGGGGCAAAAAAAGAAAACAGACAUGUUCAGACAUGGAGCUUUAACAAGUGUGCACCUCUGCCUGGAAAGAGCAGGGCAAGAGAUAAGUGUGGAUAAGACCUUAGUUGAAGGUAACUUUAAAUCUUAGCUUCAGUUGCAAGCUCAGGGAUGCAAUUUCAUGUUUGCAUAGAGGUAAGGGACCA